AAUAAACUUCGUUUUCUAAUUGGAUUGAACGGAAAAUCGAUUAUUCAAUAGAAAAAAAAGUAACAGUGAUUAUAACAAAUGAAAAAAAUUGCAGAAAGAAUCUGCUAAUGCACCAUUAAAAUAUUUUGCCAAUGAAAAUUACAAAGUGAAAAAUUCUAUGGAAAGUUAGAAAUCCAAUAAAUCCAGUAUGAACCAGCUCGAAGAUAAAAACAACAAGUUUAUUAAUAUUUAACUAAACAAAAAAGUGAACAAAAAAAAAAAAAAAACGAAGAUAACCCACACUACUCUUGGACUAGAGAUAAUUCAUCAAAUCAUCAACUCAUUCCUUCAGCCCUUGUGUAACGUGAGGGAGGUUUGCGGCUUUGCAGCGGCCAUUGCGCAUCAUUUUUAUUUCAUCGUAAGAAGUUUUUGAAAAUUUUUCAAAAUUGCGAAACAUAUUUUGAGCUUUUUGAAAAAGAAGAAAACUCCUCAGUCUUCUAGUAGCAGCAGCGAGGACAAAUCGAACCAGCAUCAGGAGUCCGCACAUUUGGGAGCUAAGCUUGAGCCAAGCAGUCCAGGCGCGUCGUCUAGCAAGUCGUCGACGUCACCUUUGGCGACAGCGACAAAAUCAUCGGACACAGCUGCUGCACGGCCUCAAGCGUCCACAUCGGCUACAUCGUCUACAUCUGCCCUGAAUUCGGGUGCCGCUGAGCAAAAAGGCUCCAAAAUAACACCACCUACAGGUCCUCAGUCUACCAUAUCGUCGCCUACCACGCAGGCAAACGCCGCCGGCGAUACUUCUUCAGACUCCGGCCCUUCAGUGCCGGCCGCCACUGCGACUUUCCGCCUAUCUUCGUUAACUGGUACCAUCUCCAAAAUGGGCAAUAACGCCACCACAUCCAAUAAAAAAGUGGAUGCUGCCGAAACCGUCAAAGAGUUCCUUGAACAAGCCAAAGAAGAGUUUGAGGACAAAUGGCGCCGCAAUCCAACCAACACCGCCUCACUCGAAGACUUUGAACGUAUUAAAACCCUUGGCACUGGUUCUUUCGGACGUGUCAUGAUAGUACAACACAAGCCGACAAAAGACUACUAUGCCAUGAAAAUUUUGGACAAGCAAAAGGUUGUUAAACUAAAACAGGUCGAACACACGCUCAACGAGAAGCGCAUUCUGCAGGCGAUUUCAUUCCCUUUCUUGGUAUCGCUGCGCUACCACUUCAAGGACAACUCCAAUUUAUACAUGGUACUCGAGUAUGUGCCCGGCGGUGAGAUGUUCUCACAUUUGCGCAAGGUGGGUCGUUUCUCCGAGCCCCACUCGCGUUUCUAUGCGGCUCAGAUUGUACUUGCUUUCGAGUAUUUGCAUUAUCUUGAUCUAAUCUAUCGUGACUUGAAGCCAGAGAACCUGUUGAUCGACUCGCAGGGCUAUCUUAAAGUAACUGAUUUCGGUUUUGCCAAACGUGUCAAAGGUCGCACUUGGACCCUUUGCGGCACGCCUGAAUACCUCGCCCCUGAGAUUAUCCUCUCAAAGGGUUACAACAAAGCCGUAGACUGGUGGGCACUUGGAGUUCUUGUCUAUGAAAUGGCUGCCGGUUAUCCACCAUUUUUCGCCGAUCAACCCAUUCAAAUUUACGAGAAAAUCGUGUCGGGCAAGGUACGUUUCCCCUCACACUUUGGUUCGGACCUUAAGGAUCUGCUGCGCAAUCUCUUGCAAGUUGAUCUUACCAAGCGCUAUGGCAAUCUAAAGGCGGGCGUAAAUGAUAUCAAAAAUCAGAAAUGGUUUGCCUCCACAGACUGGAUUGCGAUCUUCCAAAAGAAAAUUGAGGCUCCAUUUGUGCCCCGGUGUAAAGGGCCCGGUGACACCAGCAACUUUGAUGACUAUGAGGAAGAGGCGCUGCGGAUCUCCAGUACCGAGAAAUGCGCCAAAGAGUUUGCUGAAUUCUAAUUGUAUUCAAACGAUAUUUACAAAUGCAACAACUUUUCUUUUCUACGCUCCAUCGUUUGUUCGUUCGUUCUCCGCAGCCGCCGCCGCGCUAUCGUUGUCCAUCUAUCUGUUACUCUCCAUCACUGGUUGUUGUGUGUGGAUACUGAGUGAUACUUACUACACGUUCGUUCGUUUCCAAAGUCAUCGCCAUCGCCAUGUCACCGUCAUUGUUGUUUUGUGCAUUAUCGAGAAAAAAAAAACAAAUUACCUACCAAAACAACUACAAUCUAAGCUAUGAAGAAGAAAUCUAAAACUAAUACAUACACACGAAAAGACUAUAAAACAAAUUAUUUAUUUCUCAAUGCGAGCGUUUUUCGUGAUAAGAAGCUACUACUAAGUUAACCCUACCUUUGCAUUGUGUUGCGGCGUGUUUAAAAGCCAGUCCUUUUUCGUUUAUCAAACACUAAUCGGUUAAUCACGGUUUAUAAGUUUGAAAUAUUUGAGUGGAAAAAUUAAGAAAGAAGAAGAGAAGAACUAACACAAAAGAAUUUGAAAAUAUUUGAAAGAAAGAAAAACUAAGCGCUCCUUCGACAAAAUAUUUUCCAUAAUACUGAAUUCACAUACCUAGUAUACAAAGUACAUCAUUUCAUCAUCAACAAUAAAGUGUGAGCCAAAAAAGAACGAAUUGUUGCGAUGAAACACACCUUGAAACGCCCAAUGACAUUGCUUUGGUAAACAAAACAACGGUGUUUCGAAUUGCAAAAUUAAGACAAAAGUGAAGCAGCAAAAGUGCGAAGUACUAGUUGAUGUCUCUUCUACAAAUUCUACGAUUGAUCGAUCGAGCCUGAUCCUACUGUUCGUUUCUCAUCCUCGGUUCUACUUAACACGUAUACUACUACAAGCACUUCAAUUUACUUCAUCAUUGAUACCGCAUUCUGGAAUUUAAUUGCUACCCAGCACUCAACACACAAGAGCAACUACACCAAUACAAAUCAAUGGCUAUCACCAUCAGUCAGCAACAGCAACCGCCCAUCCGAAUUCUAUACUAUGAGCCAUCAUUGUUAAUAAGAACAACAACUAUAUAUAUGCAAACACCAAAGCAAUAUUACAAAAUAAAUAAAUAAAUAAUUGACAAAUAUAUAAAAACAAAAACAAAAUAAUUAUGAAGAAGAAACAAAAAAUAAAAAAGGUUUUUUGAUACUUUGCUAACUACACAAAUAUGGCAAUAUUAAGGGACCGUCCUUUGCUCUUAUGGGAAAAAUGAAAUAAUAACAACAACAACAACUGCAACAGUAACAACAGCAACAAAACAACAUUAAUGAAAUAACAAAAGUGAAAGUCAAAAGACAACAACAGCAACAGCAAUGCCUCUCUACAUACUAGAUGGCAUUCAUGUGCUAUAGUCCUCAUCCUGGUCUUGGCCAAGCAGCGUUUAAAGGAACAAACACCAACAACAAACCACUGAAAAAGAACGUUAGAACCGUUCAAAAAGCCUUACAUCAUACUGAAAAUGAGACAACGCAGAAGUAGUAGAUGAAGAAGCAGAGGAAUAAGAUGCUUUAUAGCAAGAACAAAAAACAAUAACCAAGGCAUCAAUCACCACAAAAACAAAACAACAACAACACACCAUUCUCUCAUUCGACAUAAAUGAAGGGAUAGUGUGUGCGGAAUAUACGGGUUAUCAUUUCAAAACUUUUAUACACACACACACACUCGCACACAUAGCUACAUGUAUACAUAUAUCCAAACAAAAGUGUAAAGCAAAACAUCGUUAAUAAAUCACCGUUAUGUUGUUUACUUACCAACACACAAAAUAUACAUACGCAUACAAACACAUAAAACCCAGCUGGUUAUACAAAGUUGUAUAGAACCAAAAUUUGAGUUUGCAAAGUUAUCACUUUCAUUGAAGAAGAAGACGAAGACAAAGAAGAUGACAAAAUAGCAUUAUUAUUACAAACAUUGUGUUGUAAACAGACACACACACACACACACACUCAGAAUAAAACACACAAAUAGAUACGAA